AUGAACAAAAAGAAACUUAAAAGUAUUUUCCUUACUUUCAUUCAAAUUAUUUGUUACUAUUCUAUUUUAACUAAUUCUAUGAACCAGAGAAAAAAUAAUAAAAAAAUAAAUUUUAAAAUAAAAGGACUAAUUUUACUCAAGGAAAAAAAAUUACACAUCAUUAAAUCAAAUUUUAUAUUAUAUAUCAAAAGUUAUGAAUUGAGAAAUAAAAAAAGAAAAUACUACUUAAAUGAUAUUUUUAAUAAACUAUCAGGAAAUCAAAAUAUGGAAAAUUCAAAUAUUGAGCAUUAUAAUUUAACACCAAAAUUAAAAAAAACGGUUCAGCUUUUUCAGUCAAUGCCUAAUAACCCUUACCAUAAAAGUCAACAAGUAAUAUUAUUAGGUAAAAAAUGUUCACCAAUGCCACGCGAAUUUAAAACUAGACAGAAUCAAGUUUUGGGAUGUCAAUCAACUGUUUAUAUAUACCCAAAUUUAGAAUUACAAGAAAAUAAAAAAUUAAUUGUAUGGUUAGGAGAUUCAGACGGAUUAUUGACAAAAGGAAUAGUUUACAUUUUAAUCGACGGCUUGAGUGGAUAUCCACCUGAAGAAAUCUUAAAAGUAAAUCCAAAUUUUAUUACACUAACGGGCAUUACAGAAUUUUUAACUAUGAGUAGAAUAAAUGGUUAUUUAAAUAUCAUGAAUAAAAUAAAAAUGUUUUCAACAAAUAUUAUGGAAAAUAAAGAAAAAUGA